AUGUGUCCAUCUCCACCUCGAGACUCAGAUGAGUGUAUCCAUGAGGAUGAAAACUGUCCUAGGAAUCUUUCUCCAAUCAAUGAGGAUAAAGGUGAACUACGAUUAGAGCAACAUGCUGUCACUCCAUUUGGCAUUCAAGGAAAUUCGAAGAAACGAGGGGUUCUAGAGGAAAGACCCAUCAGACCUGGAAUUAGUGAAAAGCAAAAGACUUUUGAAGAUCUUGUUGAAGAACUACUUAAGGUCGAUUCAGAAUUAAUUCAACAGGAUCCACAGGAUAACAGUGAAAUGAAGGUGGCUCCAAAGAAGACUUUCCUGAAGCGUGGAGAAGGCAUUGCACGAUUUGAGAAGAGCAAAGAAAAUAUCGUCAAAGAAGAAAACAGGAGUCCAGUUUGCAAAUCCACUAAACAGUUUCCUAGAAAAGUUAGUUUUAGCAGUCAACAUCAAUUUUCCUUACCCUUGCUCAACGAGAAUGAAAAGCUUGAGAAUAAAAAACAAUUAACUUCAAAAAUACAAAUUGAUAGUUCAAUCCUUAUGGAACCAAAAGCAAAGAAGUCUGUCUCCAUUGAUAAUUCCCUGGAAGACACCAAGAUAAAGGAUCACACGUUGAAAGAAAAACUGGACGAAAUCAAGAAUAGUACAGAUGAGGGUAUUCAAAGUGACAUAAAUGUAGCAGAACCACCAAUCAAGGUUGACUCACUCCAUAAAUACUCUGAUGGAAGGAAGGGUGGAUGCCAACAUGUUCAGCAGGACAGUGAUAAAGGGGAUAUAACCACUCCAGAGGAAUCCCAAGGAAGAAUUACUAAAGGAAGUUUAAACUUAAAUGUUCUAGAAAGUCAGUACUUGAUUGGAGUUGAUCCACAAUUGAAGAAUUGGCCAAAUAGUUUUUCUCAUGAAAGCAUGGAGAGACAGAACCAACGCCAACAAAUAGGACAGAUUAAGAUGAACCAACUACAGGAAUCUUCAAAUGAACAGCCAUGUUUCAGUAACAUUUCUCUUCUGGAAUGCUUAAGUAUUAAGAGAACAGAGAAUACAGACCAGGCAACUAAAAUGGUCCAACAGCAGGCAGAGAAAGCCCAAAAUGAAGAUGUAGCCAGUGUCACAGAUUCCAGAAAAUUGCUUGACAGAAUAAGUCCAAGCAUAGGCUUUAAGAAAAUAAAUGACAAAAUAAUUCAAGUUGCUACUGACGGCCUACUGUGCCAGAGUGCAAGUUUUGGAAACCAGCAAAUAAAAGAUCAUGAUAUAGAUAGUUUUGAAACUACGGGAUUAGUACCACUUGCGAACAAUGAACAUAGUAUGGGCUUUGUUUUAAAGAAUGAUGGUCUAUGUUGUGGUGCAUCUAAUGCUGAAACAAACAGUACUGGCAAUGAAGACGUUGGUCCAAAAUCUCAGUACCACCAACAACCCAUGACAGAAAUUCUACAAAAUUCUGGUCAGACUGACAAAAACUUAGACUUGUCAGAUGAUGCCGACUAUGCGAGUGAUGCUCCAAGUGCAAUAGAAGAAAUGAAUACAAUAGUUCAAACUUCUCAGCACUCUAUAUAUUCUAGGUCAAUAGCUGGAACGUCUACCAUGAAACAUAAUGCACUGAGCAGCACAAGUAGCAGUGAAAAUGAACCCUUAGAGCUCAAGACAAUUGAAAGAAGAUUUCCUUUUCCAAGUAAUAGGCCAAGAAGAAAUAAAAACAAGGUUAUGAAAAGGAAGGCAAACUUUGUAAAAAAAUGUGGCAAUAGUUUUAUGAACACUCAAACUUGUGAUUCUACAGAACCAGAUCUGAUGCAACUUUCUACCGCUGGUCAGUCAGCAGUACUUCAUUCUCAACUAAAGGUGUCAAGAAACUCUGAUCUUCCAGUGCAGGUGAACUCAAGAAGUGCAAAUGUUCAAGAAGAUGAUCAAUCCAGACAACUCCAAGCCAAACUCCUACAACUGGAAACAGAAAUUGAAUGCUUCAAAGUAGAAAACACAGCAUUAGCCAAAAUGAAGGAGAAACAAGAACUAGCCAUGGAAAGUCUCAGAAAAAGGAUGGAUCAGUUUGAACAUGAGAAGAUUGAAGAAAUAGCUCGGUUAGAUGAGUACAAGAAGGAGGAAAUGAAGAAACUACAAAAAGCAGAGCAAUUGUCUGAAAAACUCUCAGCAACCAGAUCUAUUUUUGAUAAGAAAGAGAAUGAAGAGAUGGAGUUUUUGAAGCAACAGCUUAGUCAGCUCCAGGAAGACUUUAGAAAAAAUGAAUCGAGGUGGUGUCGUGCCCACAAAUGCCUUCGAAACCAGAUUGACACAUUGACCAAGGAAAACAUUGAACUACGUGAUGAGUUGAAAGCCGUAGACCGUCAUCGUCAGGAGCCUGUGAAAAAGACUGAGAGCAGCAAGAAAUCUGAAACACCAGUAUGA